CGGCAGGACCGCUCACUCAGUGCCGCUGCCCUGGGGCUGUAGUGACCGCGCCGCUCCUGCCGGGGGGCUGCCCACGCCAAGGUCCUGCCUCUGUCGCCUCCUCUUCCGCCGCCCAGUUUCCCUGGCAAGAACAACCCCCAAGAUGGCAGACGAGAGCAGCAGUACCAGGGAGUGUGUGUCCUUCAGCGUGCUGAACUGGGAUCAGGUUAGCCGGCUGCAUGAGGUCCUGACUGAGGUUGUCCCAAUCCAUGGACGAGGCAACUUUCCAACCUUGGAGAUAACCCUGAAGGACAUUGUUCAGACUGUCCGCAGCCGGCUGGAGGAGGCGGGCAUCAAAGUGCAGGACGUGCGGCUGAAUGGCUCUGCAGCUGGCCACGUCUUGGUCAAAGACAAUGGCUUGGGUUACAAAGACCUGGACCUCAUCUUUCAUGUGGCCCUUCCAACAGAGGCAGAAUUUCAACUGGUUAGAGACGUGGUUCUGUGUUCCCUUCUGAACUUCCUGCCGGAGGGGGUGAGCAAGCUCAAAAUCAGUCCAGUCACUCUUAAGGAGGCUUAUGUCCAGAAGCUGGUGAAGGUCUGCACGGACACUGACCGCUGGAGCCUGAUCUCCCUCUCCAACAACAACGGGAGGAACGUGGAGUUGAAAUUUGUCGACUCCAUCCGGCGCCAGUUUGAGUUUAGUGUGGACUCUUUUCAAAUCAUUCUGGAUUCUUUGCUUUUUUUCUAUGACGACUCCAAUAACUCCAUUUCUGAGCACUUCCACCCCACAGUGAUUGGAGAGAGCAUGUAUGGGGACUUUGAGGAAGCCUUUGACCACCUGCAGAACAGACUGAUUGCCACCAAGAACCCUGAAGAAAUUAGGGGCGGGGGACUUCUCAAGUACAGCAACCUCCUUGUGCGGGACUUCAGGCCCACAGACCAGGAAGAAAUCAAAACUCUAGAGCGUUACAUGUGCUCCAGGUUCUUCAUCGACUUCCCGGACAUCCUUGAACAGCAAAGGAAGCUGGAGACCUACCUUCAAAACCACUUUGCAGAAGAAGAGAGAAGCAAGUACGACUACCUCAUGAUCCUUCGCAGGGUGGUGAAUGAGAGCACCGUGUGCCUUAUGGGGCACGAACGAAGGCAGACCCUGAACCUCAUCUCCCUCCUAGCCUUGCGUGUGCUGGCAGAACAAAACAUCAUCCCCAACGCCACCAACGUCACCUGUUACUACCAGCCAGCUCCUUAUGUCAGUGAUGGCAACUUCAACAACUAUUAUGUUGCCCAUCCUCCGGUUACCUACAGCCAGCCUUAUCCUACCUGGCUGCCCUGUAACUAAACUUGAGACCUGAAGGUUCCCACAGUGGGAACCCCAACAGGGCAAGGGCUCUCAGGUAGGGGAGCCUCCUUCUAGAUGUAGGUGUUUGGCUUUUAAAGGGGAACUCAGCUCUGAUUCUGCUUUUUUUUUUUCUUUGUGUACCCAUGGGAAUGGGUCUACAGUAUAUCAUGAGCCAACCCUAAAGGGGCCCAUAUUCCAGUGCCACUUUGGAAAAUGCUAUAGGAAGAAUGGCCUAUCCACAUCUUUCCAAAAUAGACAGUAACAUGUCACGUCCCAACAUUAGCACGUGGGGAUUGGGCUCUGUGCAAUAAUCGAGAUUGGGGAAAAGCUUGGGCAAUACAUGAGAAGUGUUAGGCUGAUUGUCUUCCUUCUCACUUGAGCCUGGAGUCGGCUGUGUUGGGGUUCUCAGCAGUUAAAUGAAAGUUGCGCUGAUAGUCUAUUAUAUCAAUUUCAGUCAGGCAGAAAAUGGUAAGCAUGAGGGUGCACAGGUGAUUAAUUUUUUUGUUCAAGGGACUUAUGUUUAGCCCAUCAGCAGAGCUGAGGGUUUCCUUCAUCCAUAAACCGAAGCCAGUAGCUGGAGAAUUGAGAUCUGGCAAGAAGUGGUUUGUGGCUUAGAUGCUGUGCUGUCACAAGGGAUUGUGUGAAAUUGCUGAGAAAAAAAAAAAAAAAUGACCUAAGUUUCCUGAAAUGUAACUUGAAAACAAAAUAAAAUGUGGAACCUAAUGUUAAAGUAGAAUUUUGGUGGUGGUGGGGUGAUUGUAAAUAGGAAAUGUGAAUGUUCACUUUUUUUUUUUCCUUUAGAGCGAGGAAUUCUUAUCGGAUGACUUUUCUUUUCCCCCUUCAUCAGCUCUUUUCAUGGCUGACUUUUGUGUUUGCUCAAGGAUUGUGCUGAGUCUAGAAUCACUAUGGUAACUGACAUGAGGGUCUUCCCAUGUUUUGAAUGGAAACCCAUUUUGGUCACAUUCCAAGUAUGACUUGCCUUUUUAUUUUUUAAUGAAAAGUAUGAUUCCCCUCUCCCUCCCCCUCCUCCUCCCCCCCUGAUAUUUUCUGACAGCAAAUGAAUUCUGGGAUUUCUGCAGACCCGGAUGACCUGUGGAAUUACCUGUUCUGUGGGCAGAGUUCUUUGGCUUAAAAUCACUAACCUGUUGCCUCUGGGCUUGUGUGAAGGUGGAGGUGUAGCAUUAAGUCUGGCCUUGUGUCCAUCAGAGCAACCAAGGCACUUUGGAAUGAUGAAUUCCAGCAUAUAUGGGAAGAAUUGAGUGACUGACUGAUCUUCCUACUUCUGGUAGAUUUGAUCAUGCUUGCUUGUUCUUUUUGAAGGAAAACAUUGUUCUUCUCUAGCCUAAAGCAAGCUUAGUUAAGUGGGAGAGAUCUAAGCUACUAUUUUUCCCAGUAGACAUAGAUAAGGGAUUUUGUGUGUUGAAACAUUUUGUGGGAUCUCUUAGAAAGCUUAGAAAGCAUCACUUUAGGGUGUCAAGGGCAAAGACACUUCAUAUUGCCAGCUUGGUUUUUAAAGUUAUUAUAAUCAAAUCCGUGCUUCUGAUUUUGACUUUCUUCUUUGGCCGUAAAAAUCCCAAACCCUGACUGGUUGCUUUCUCCUUGCUUUAAGCAAUGAAGUUAUCUGAAUGCAGAAAUGCUUAGUAGAAAAUGAGUGGUUACUCUUUUUUCUAAAGGUGUAUGUUUAGGUUUCUUCUGGAAUGCGAUGUCUUGGUCCUCUUUAAUGAAGGCUGAUCAGAAGUGACUGAAAUCCAAGACUUGGCUGGUAUCCAUGUUGUGUGACUUGAGGUGAAUAAAAGCCACUUGUUAGUACAGCAGCUCCUGUGUCCCUGUGAACCUUAGUUAUGUUUGAAUUCACUGGCUUUGAGGCAAGGCCAGCUCUACAUUGUGAGGGGGCUGGGAGCAUUUCAGUGUUCAGUGGGGGAGUAAAUCCCAAUGAAGAGUGAAUGCCAACCUCAAAACUACCUGGUCAUCCAUGACCUUAAAAAAAGCUGCCAUUGUGGCCAAAUGGCAACAUGUUUGCACAAAAAAUGACAGAUCUUGGCAGAUUUGUUUAACCAAAGCUUUGAAAUGUGAUGAAGCUGUCGACAUAAGCACUUGCUAGCUUCUUACAGACAUCAGUGUUGUUUCUACUUAGGAGGCUUGGGGGAUCAGGGUAAAGAGGCACUGGAUGAAGAUAAGAUCAGAACUGCACCAAGUAAUUAAAUUUCCAGUUUGUCCUUGAAGUUGUUUCUGUUUUAUGUAUUUCUCCUAUCUAGUCAUUUUUUUUUUUUCAGUCAUAGUCCUUGUCAAAGGAGACACAGAAAUUGCCAGAAAUUUCCAGCCCCCCACUUCUUUACCACUAUUACAGGGUGGCCACCCUACCAUAAUGGGACUUGGUAAGAGUCUUGGUAGAAUGUCUUUACCAUCUUGUUAAAGAUGGUGAAGUCUCUUCUCCUGAGCUUUUAUUCAGCUCAACUAUUUUUGUAGUUUCAGAGUAGACGUGUGUUCUGGAACCAUCGGGUAAAAGGCUGCCUGCAGCUCAGACACGAUUGCAGUAGCCAAAGCUGCACCUUUUCAAAACACAACUCCUGCUCUAGUGAUCUCCACCUACUCUACCUGCCUUUUGCCAGUCUCGGAAUAGACCAGGUAACUUGAAGUUCAGAUGUCCGAGAAUUCCAGCUAAAACUUGCCUUUUAUGCUUCUCACAGAAGCACCAGGGCACUCUGAACUUGUACUGAGUCCAGUGGUUCCCCUUUUGUGUGUUUUGAGUAACAUGAAACUCGGCAGUACCAGAGGGCACUAAAGUUCAAGUGCAAGUUCUUGUCUAAAUUUAAGUAGCCUCUCCUUUACUUCAGGAUUCUGCAUGGUUUUCUGAUUGUUUUUACAAGUAUGCGGCCUGUUAGUCCAGCCUGCUUCCUGGAAUCAGGUUGAAGAGUAGUGAGAUUAAAAUGGUACCAUUUCCCCUUGUUUUGGCAGAAGGGCACUCACUAAAUUCCUGGACUUGAACUUCGGUCCCACCCUUAAAUCUUACACUGGCAGUAAGACUCUGUUCCUCACUCACAACUUCAACUUUUGAAACUAGCUCAGUGUCACUGACACCUUCAUAUUAGAGUUCUUGGUCACCGACUGCACGUGGGAUGUGACAUGGCCCAACCAGGGAGGACUUGGUGGAUGGGGAGAGUUGGAUAGAUGCUGGUUCAUGUAGACGGAACAGAUGUCGUUUGGCAUUCAAACCGCCUCCUUUCCCCAGUUUGAUCUUUCCCUGGGGUUUGAGUCACAGCAAGCUGUAUAUGAACCUGAGUUUGAUGGUGGUACAUUAAUAAUCAGAUUGCUAAAGUUUUGACUCUGUCCUUGAACUUCCCCUCUAGCACUAACCCCUUACCUUCAUGGUAGGUUAGAAUUUUAACUAGUACUGCUUUGUUAAAGUUGGGGAAAUGGUGCCACUCGAAAGCAACUUGGCUUUAGGAAUAACUCCUUUCUAGUUAACUUUCUAGUUCUGGUGCCUUGUUUUAGGAUGCAACUAGAUUCUUAGCUCGACCGUCCUCUUCUAGAGAGUGAAUUAUAGUUAUCUAAUUGUUGAAAAAGAAACUCUUUCACUCACUGGGAUCAUUUCUUCCUGGGUAUCUGUGUAGGGCUCUGCACUAGGGGCAGUCCUCUGGGUGGAUUCUGUUAAGUUGAGAGAACUUCAAGUUUCCAAGAUGAGAUUCAUAUCUGUAACCUGGCAGAGACCAAAAUGUCAUAGCUGGUGUUAUAUCUCAAUUCAGCCAAUUAAGUUCAGAGGACCAAGGGAGGUGUGUAGGGGAGGUACUAAAAACAAAAAGCCUGUCAACUUUUCAGAAUUAUUUAUGAAGACUUGUAAGAUGAGGAUCAGGAAGGAAAAGGGCUAUUUCGUGAGUUCAAGUGCCUAAAUCUCAUUUACCUAUCACUUUAAGAAAAAUAGUUUAAGUGUAAGCUGAAGAAAACACUUGGAGUUUUGCCUGGGCUAGCGAGAGUUGGUGCAAAUCCUCAUGUGUGUUUGCAGAGGAAGGUGAGAUCAUCCACUAAAGAGGAAGUAGUUAAAAAUCGGGACCUGUGGGCUUUGUAAAUUCUGUAAAAAUUCAAGUGUUUUUUUUUUUUUUUUAAAUGGAUAAAACUCUACUUAAUUUUCUAAAGCAGCCAUUGGUUUCCAGAUUAGUAUAGAUGAAAAGUAAGACAUGAUUAGACUAAAUUGGAAGCAUUUUCAUCAUUCUGUACUCGUGUAUAUUCUUUUCUUAGCAGUGCCUAGGAUGUAGGGGGGUUCCUCUUUGUCAGCUAUCACUAACCUUCUUACUUGAUGCCAAUGAAAUCACUUGUCAAUGCAAGAUGUGUUAGAACUUGAUGAAAUAAAAGCUUUGAGUUUGAGAAAUAAAAAUGUAUUAAAAAAAAAAA